AAUUUAAAAAAAAAAAAAAAACCCCUGUUUGUUUGUCUUCUUAGAGAGGGGAAAGGAAGAGAGACCCGAAAAGACAUGGGUAAGGUAGUGGAGAAGAGGAAGAAGAAGGGCAGGCCUUCUCUUAUGGACAUCCAAAACCGUGCCCUUAAAGAACGACAACAGCAGCAACAGCCUGAGAAGAGAAGCAACAGUUCUGCCCAUAAUUCCUCCUCUAAUUGCAAAUCUUCCACUACUGUUCCUCUCCGGCGAUCCACCCGUCGGCAUCCUAAUGUCUCCCCUGAGAGGGACAAUGGAGAGGAAUUAUCGCGUGGAAAGCGGAGAGAGAAGAAGAUGAAGCUGGUGCUCAAAUUGCCCACCUCGCAAAAUUCGCCGCGUGAUUCAGGGGACUCGGAUACUGAACUGAACGCGGAGGAUGAGGAUGAUAAUCAUGAUCUUGCAGCGUCGAACCAGAAGGAGCUCAAAAUCAAAGCGAUUGGGGAUGGAUCUGGGAUCGAAGAGUGUGAUAAGGAGGAGAAGCCUGUUUCUACCACUAAAGAAGCAAGCAAACAACAAGGGACUCAGUUGUAUUCGGGACUCUCAACACCUUUACCUGAUAAAAAGCUAUUAUUGUUCAUCCUUGAUAGGCUUCAAAAGAAGGAUAGGUAUGGUGUAUUCUCUGAGCCAGUUGACCUCAAUGAACUUCCGGAUUACCUUGAUAUCGUUGAACACCCUAUGGAUUUCAGCACCGUUCGAAAGAAACUCGCUGAUGGAGUUUAUGCCUACUUAGAACAGUUUGAGAAAGAUGUUUUUUUAAUCUGUUCGAAUGCCAUGGAGUAUAAUGCCCCAUAUACCAUCUAUUUUCGCCAGGCACAAUCCAUACAAGAGCUGGCCAAGAAGAAUUUUGAAAAUUUAAGGCAAGGCAGUGAUGAUAACGAACCUGAAUGCAAGGUAGAGAGGAGGGGUAGACCACCAACCAAGAAUUCCAAAAAACAUCUCGGCAGGACUUCAUUGGAGCAUGCUGGUUUGGACUUUUCUACCGAUGCAACUCUUGCUACUGGGGCAGAAAGUAAUAUUGAUAUGAGAAAAAUCACUCCUCUAUUAGACAAGUCUGGCUUUUCAGAUCCAUCAGGACAAUCUUACAGUUCUCAGAACAAUUUUAGCUUGUUGGAGAGGAAUGAUGAUACCUUAGGUUUUAACUUUAAGGGAAAUUUAACGAAGCACGGGAAAAAGCAAGUUAUUCUUGAUGAUAACAGGCGGAACAACUACAAGCAAUACCAAACCUUGCCUGGUGGACAGGAGCCAUCUGUUGACAAUGCUUUCAGUAGCGAGAGGAAUCUUAUGCCGAUAGGAUUUCAUGCAGAGUAUGGUUAUGCAAGGAGCCUUGCUCGUUUUGCCUCAAAUCUCGGACCUGCUGCAUGGAAAAUGGCUUCAAAAAAUGUAGAAAAGGCUUUGCCAUCGGGAUUUAAGUUUGGCCCUGGAUGGGUUGGAGAAAAUGACAUUGCUCUGAGGCCAUUGGUUCAACUUUCACCAGCUGCUGGUCCGUCAUCGUCAGCCGGGCCACUCUUUCCUCGUGAAAGUUCAUAUCCUGUUGAGACAUGUUCUACCACUGAACCAAAAGGAGAGGGAGAAAAAUUGUCCGAGAAACUUCAGGGACAGGGUUUGUCAGAAAAGCCUUCAGUUUCUUCGGCUUUGAUUGACAAUUUAAGCAAGCCCCCUCCUCAAUCUACCUUCCCAUCCCUCUCCACUGUUGACAGAUCGUCUGACUCCUGUGUUGAAAAGACACAAGUUAUUGAGAGAUUGAAUACCCUGACUGGGUUGAAGGCUUUGGACAGCAGCUUGAAUGCUAUCAGGCCAAGACCUCCCUUUCAGAAUACACAGAGCAAACCUCUUCACCCUGGCAUGAAUGGAGUCAACGGUACAUAUGGCUUUAACCUUCCCGCCCAGAUGGCGAAAAUAGGUGGUGCUGCCCCACUCUCUGGGUUUAACUUUCAGUCGCCUCAGAUGCUUGAAGCUGUGUCUAGAACUAAGACUAAAUUUGCCCUUCCAUCAACUUCACAUGCUAUAAACUCAGAGGAGACGAAGGUAUUUGGCAAUUCAAGUGCGGCACAUCCAAGCAGUCUGUUGCCUCCUUCUGGGGGUGAGGCAUUGAGGUCCACUAGACCAGUACUUCUUCUGCAGUCAUCUUGGCAGGGAUCGCAACCACAAGAAAAACCAGACUCAAUAUUUUCACCACAGCCGAAGCCAGAUUCAGUCCCUCCUGAGUUGAAUAUGGGCUUUCAGUCCUCAGGGUCCCCAAGUUCUCGUCAACUUGAUUCAGUGCAGCUAGAUUUAGCAUUGCAGCUAUGAGAAUAAUUGGAGUUAAUUCUUUUUUCCUCUCGUUGAUUAAUUAACCAUAGAAUUGGUAGAUUUGGAACUCUGCUGCUCCUGGAAGAACAAGAGAGGAAUUCUUCAAUGUAGAGCAAGUCCGAGCUACACCUAACUGUAUUGAGUAUUUUAAAUUGUUAGGUGGUUGUUUCUGUACAGAGACUUGUACCCAAAUAUUUACGUCCCCGAUGCAAAAUAGGCCAUUUGUAACAUUGCAAGACCAUGAUCUAGUCAGAAUAUGAUUGUAGAUACAAGAUGCAUGUUGAUUCAAUUAGUAGAAUUCCCAUUGGACAAUUUACUUUGUGGACUGUGAAUGUGAAGCUGACCCUAAACAUGUUAUUCA